CUACGCGAGUGCAUCUCAGGGGUCUCAAUUACCGCAAAUUCACCACGAAAAAAUAGCUCAACCCGUUAAUGGACAUUAGAUCAGGAACAAUAAUGAAGCUGCUCUUGGUUCUACUAAGUGGCUGCCUCCACGGCCUGUUGGCUUACUCUAAGCCAAUCUCCAUAUGGCCCCUGUACAGUGUUAACCCGACGUAUGAUUUAAGGACACAGACUUCCGCCGGAAAGGCGGGCUGCUCGCUGUCCACCGGAGACCCAUUUUCGCCAACAUUGGAUUACUCGUCCGUCCGUUUCCAGAGCUCACCGCUGUCCGUUGUUGACCUUCCGGUGCCAGGUUUGGAGACGGAAAUUGAAGAUUUCUCAGUUGUUGUUACUAUAAAGGCAUCUUCAGCCACUUCCGGGACAAUUUUUCAUUUCGUUGCUACUGAUAAUACCGGUGCUGGAAUACACGAAAUGAGUCUACUGUUUGAUGAAACGAGCACUGUUCUACAUGUCAAAGACGAUAAUGGAAGAAGUAAAGGAGAAAUUACGGCUUCGCCACAAAUAACUAUCGCCAAUGUAGGUGAGUGGAUAUCGUUCGCUGUAAGUUAUGACGCCAGCAAACAAGAAAUAAGGUUGUUUACAAACAUAGACAGUCAUCUGGGAACCGUUAAGCUUUCAGGAGGUGUUUGUUUGGGUCAGCCAGGAAUCAUUCGGCUUGGACGUCCACAGGAAGGCAGUAACGGACCAUAUUUUAGCGGGGAUAUGAUCUGUUGUGCUUUGUAUAACAACAGGUUUGCAGAGGGGGACUUUUCUCAGUAUAUUAGUGAAUGUCAAAACAACAGUUGGCCAAAUCCAUAUCCGUCAAACACAGCUUCAAAUGACUGUGUCUCAUACAACGGGUACUUUAACGCAGAUCAGAAAAACGUUGCCGUAGCUACUUCUAUAGCCACACUAGUCACGCGGAUAACAAAGUCUCGUGUGCAGUGCGCAGAUGCGUGCGAAUCGCAUGCAGAUUGUGUUUCGUUUACCUUCACCGUUUCUGACCGAAUGUGCCGCUUAUAUGAGGCAGUUCAUGGAAGUUUGGUAGCUAGCGAUGGUACUAACUAUUACAUCCGGCGAGACCAAUGUUGUUGAAAGCGUUUGUGUCUGAGUUAACACUGGAUACAGUUUCCAAGUUCAGAAAGCGGCCGGUAGUGUUUUCACUAGCGGAAUCAGGGAAAUGUAUUGGGGACUGAAGAAGAUCGUAUCGAUACCGAGGAAAAUAACCAUACUUGUGAAAUAUUCAUCGAAGGAAGAACUAUUAAGCCUUUGAUGCCAAAAAGGGGUAAAAUUACAACAAACAAAGCUGAAUACUAGUAUUUUACUGUAUCUUUACUAAAAAGUUCUCAUAUUAAGCCUUUGAUGCCAAAAAGGGGUAAAAUUACAACAAACAAAGCUGAAUACUAGUAUUUUACUGUAUCUUUACUAAAAAGUUCUCAUAUUAAGCCUUUGAUGCC